CCCGUGCUGGUAUCUGGUGUCCAUAAGAAGUUGAAGUCAGAGCUUUGGAAACCAGAAGCUUUCAGCCUGGAAUUUGGAGAUCAAGAUGUAGAUUUGGUGAACUGCAGGAACUGUGCCAUAAUUUCAGACGUGAAAGUGCGUGACUUCUGGGAUGGCUUUGAGAUAAUAUCUAAACGGCUCAGGUCAGAUGAUGGUCAGCCAAUGGUACUAAAGUUAAAGGAUUGGCCUCCAGGGGAGGACUUUAGAGAUAUGAUGCCUACAAGGUUUGAGGACUUGAUGGAAAAUCUUCCUCUUCCUGAAUAUACCAAGAGGGACGGCAGACUGAAUUUGGCUUCUAGGCUGCCAAGCUACUUUGUCCGUCCUGACUUGGGUCCCAAAAUGUACAAUGCCUAUGGCUUAAUUACUGCAGAAGACAGACGAGUUGGUACCACAAACCUGCACUUGGAUGUGUCUGAUGCUGUUAAUGUCAUGGUGUACGUUGGGAUUCCCAUUGGGGAAGGGACCCAUGAUGAUGAGGUUCUGAAAACAAUCGAUGAGGGAGAUGCUGACGAUGUAACAAAGCAGCGAAUCCACGAAGGAAGAGAGAAACCCGGAGCAUUGUGGCACAUCUAUGCUGCCAAGGAUGCUGAAAAGAUACGGGAACUUCUCCGGAAGGUUGGAGAAGAACAAGGCCAAGAAAAUCCCCCAGAUCAUGACCCCAUUCAUGACCAAAGUUGGUACUUGGACCAGACCUUACGUAAGCGACUCUAUGAUGAGUAUGGUGUACAAGGCUGGGCAAUAGUGCAGUUCCUUGGAGAUGCUGUGUUCAUUCCUGCAGGUGCUCCCCAUCAGGUCCAUAAUUUGUACAGCUGCAUUAAAGUAGCAGAAGAUUUUGUAUCUCCAGAACAUGUGAAGCACUGCUUCCGUCUGACGCAGGAGUUCAGGCACCUGUCUAAUACUCAUACAAACCAUGAGGAUAAACUGCAGGUGAAGAACAUUAUCUACCAUGCAGUGAAAGAUGCUGUUGGCACACUGAAAGCUCAUGAAUCCAAACUAGCUAGAUCGUAGGAAUUGCUAAUUCCAAAUGCCCUGUGAAGUAAGCCUUUUGCUCACAGUAUAUACAGGGACUGCACAUGACUGCCUCUGCAGGAGCAGAGGCUUCUCACUAAGAGCUGGUGUGGUCAGUAUUACACACACUCUUCAGCCACUGUUUUCUACGCUGCCUCAACACUGAAGGUCUAACGGAAGGUCGCACUGUUACACGCAGAAUUCCAGAUUCUAACGAAAGGUGCCAUGUCCCUUUCCUGUGGCCUUUUGCAAAUUGGAAGAACACGGAAACCACUUGGUGUUCCUGCAUAUUAUGAUUAGAAAUGGUAUAAAGAGUGUGGAUGUUUUUUUUUUUCCUCAUGCCCAGUUAGUCUCCACGAAGUUAGAAGGAAUGUGCUGGAGGUGGGUUGUCCUGCUGCAGACUUAGUUGAUAGCUGCUGAAGGAGUGUGACCAACGGUAGCCCAACUGCAGAAAUUUAAGCAAACUUCCCAUGUGAGAUACAGGCCAAGGAAAAGAAUAAAGCUAUUCUCUGCACUCCCCUUCUUGUAGCCGUUUCUCUAUACACUGUAGAGUUGCAGAAAUAAAGGGAGAACCCACUUUUUUUCCCCAGGAGACUCCAGAAAUAGGAGAAUUGUGUAUUUAGUGAAAAACUAGGUUUGUAGUGAAACAGUUAAUAUUUCAUGAAAGUAGAUAUUUUUAGUAUUUUUGAAGUACCACAACUGUUCCUGGAUUUUCAAGGAAAGGCGCAUUACAUUUAGUCUUCCUUUCAAUAAAAUCAAGAAGUGAUUUUUAGAAAGCAGUCCAAAAUAGCACAAAAACAGCCAAAGGAGAGUGAAUAGAAAUUGACACCCCACCUCCCUUGCCCAUAUUCCUCACCCAUCUUCCCCCCUCUCCCUACGCCACCCUGCUUCCUCAGAUGAGAAGUAAAAAGGAGUAUAAACUCUGUUCUCAUGUGGAGAUGUUGUACAUCUCUCCCUGCACUGGUGACUGCAGGCAAUAGUUCACCCAAUACCAGUGCUAGCUGAAAACAUCUAUCCUUUCCAAAGUGAAGGAGAAGUUAACUUUCAGUGUCAACUUUGUCCAGAACUAUUUUAAGUAAAAUGUUCCUGCUUGAUAGAACUGUAUUCAGAAUUUACUAAUGUCAGCAUUGAUGCAAUGGAUUUCAUUGUCCGGGUACAUGGGGAAAUGUAUCUACCUUAUAUCCAGCUGUACUGUAGUGCCACCUGCAGGCCUGUUAAUAUGUUCACGGUUAUUUCAUUUUUUUAAAAAUAAAAGUCAUUUACUGUAA